ACAAACGUCAGUCUACUGCCAUCCGUCGUCGAGCGCGGACGUCAUGGCGCGCACAACAUUAUAUUUAUUCGCGUUCAUCGCGAUAUAUGCCGUGAAAACAUCUGCUUAUACAGUACCACCGGCUAAGUUAGAAGCCAUUUACCCUAAGGGUCUGAGAGUUACGGUACCAGACGAUGGCUUCUCGCUCUUCGCCUUCCACGGUAAUCUGAACGUGGAAAUGGAAGGUCUGGAAGCCGGUCAAUGGGCCCGUGACAUCACAAAAGUCAAGGAUGGAAAGUGGAUCUUCAGGGACAGAAAUGCUGAACUGAAACUUGGAGACAAGAUUUAUUUUUGGACAUAUGUUAUCAAGAAUGGUUUGGGAUAUAGGCAGGAUAAUGGGGAAUGGACUGUUGAAGAAUUCGUCAACGAGGACGGAUCACCAGUAGACCCCUCAAAUGUCCCACAACCACGACCAACCCCUCCUCCCACCCAACCCACAUAUAGGCCUACCAUCCCCACUCAACGCCCCACUCAGCCCCCCAAAUGCCAGACAUCAGCUACCGUGGUCGCUGGACGUAGCCCCGUCUGUAAGGGAUCCUUGGUCUUCAGCGAAGACUUUGAAAGGACUAGUCUUAGAGACCUGAACAGCUGGACGGCAGAAACCAAGUUUCCUGAAGAACCAGACUAUCCAUUCAACGUUUACAUCCCGGAUAAUACGAUCAGCUUUGAUGACGGUGCUCUGGUCAUCACUCCCAUCCUUACGGAGUCGGUACAUCAUGAGGGAUUCCUUACGGAGUCUUUGGAUCUUAGCAACAGAUGCACAGGACAGUUGAGUACGACGGAGUGCAGACGCGAGGCCUCAGGUGCCCAGAUUCUACCACCAGUGAUUUCAGGGAAGAUCACCACCAAACAUAGAUUCGGCUUCAAAUAUGGCAAAGUCGAAGUCAGAGCCAAGCUUCCUGCGGGUAGCUGGAUUAUUCCUGAAAUCAACUUGGAGCCAACAGAAAACGUCUACGGGUCCCUUCGAUAUGAAUCUGGCAUGAUGCGAGUGGCAUUUGCUCGCGGAAACCCAAGUCUUGCCAAGAAACUCUACGGAGGACCAGUUCUGUCUGACUCUGAUCCAUUCCGAUCUAUGAUGAUGAAAGAAAAAAUCGGAAUCGACAACUGGAAUAAAGACUACCAUAACUAUACUUUGGUUUGGAAACCUGAUGGUCUGCAGUUGUUGGUGGAUGGCGAACAAUAUGGAAACAUCAACCCUGGCGAGGGCUUCUUCUCAUCAGCUAGAGAGCACGCGGUUCCUCAUGCUUCCAACUGGCUGAGGGGAACUGUCAUGGCUCCUCUUGAUGAAACAUUCUACUUAUCCCUCGGUCUUCGCGUGGGAGGUGUCCACGACUUUGCCGACGAUAUCCCUGACAAGCCCUGGAGGAACCGCGCCAGCAAAGCCAUGUUAGACUUCUGGAAGCACAAGAACUCCUGGUUUCCAACCUGGUACAAUACCGACUUGAGAGUCGACUACAUCAGAGUGUACGCCUUAUAGACUUAAAAUAUCAUCUGUGAUGCUCCUGAGAUUAUAUUUUUUAAGAUUUUCUAGUAAAAUGAUUAAAAUUGU